UUAAAAUCCUAAAUAAAAAGUCUGUUAAUCUGAAGAUCUCUGAACAGUCAUGCUGGCAUAGUUUCCACUCCAUACUGACAUUUUAUUAAUAUAAUAUAUAAUUCCAUAAGUAACAUGCAGCAAUCACUGUUAAUAAGAUGGCUUCAAUAAACCAGAAUUCCUUUCUUAUUUUAUGAGUGGUCGUUAUAUUGGACAAAAGCUCAGGGAAAAUGGAUUUGACCCCAAGGGAAAGGGCUUUUCCUCAACACUGGAUGAUCUGGCUCAUUAUGGUUUGGCCAUAACUGUGGCUAUAUGGUUGGCAAAUGAGAAAAAGUGUGCAGAUGCAAAUCAACUUAUAGGAGCUAUCAGUACCAGACACAGACACUGUCUUAAUCAACUGGAAAGAGAGGCAAUAAUACUCUCAUCCUUUGCAGGGAUACUUUUGAAUAGCUUACCUGUACAUGAGAUCCUGUCGCUGUAUACCUGCAAGCCAUCUGCCUCCUGCCUUCAUCCAGACAAUAAAAGCAACAUCGUUCAUCCUUUCUCCUUGUCCUAUCACCCGUUUGCUAUGCUCAGUUCAUUUAAGGCAGUAGACCGUGCAAGAAAACACACUCAGAUGCUGAAAAGGUGGAAUACUCUGCGGACUAAAGGAGCAUCAGAAGCACUAGAGAAGCUGAAGGCAUCCUCCCCAACCGCCUCUACUCUUUCUUCUUUCAAUGGCAGUGAAGAUUCAUUUAAAGAACAAACAAAGCACUAUGAAGGCUCUGAGGAAUCGCAGCAGGACUGAAGACAAUCCAUCUAGUAACCAUCCAUCCAUCCAGUAGUCUUUAAAACAUGCUGUCAUUUUUUUCAUAUCUUUCAGAUUUUAUGUUUGAAAUUUAAUAGAAAAGUCUUUGGUCAUGUUUAGUAG